CACAUCCGGUUACGUAAUCGGUACUAUAGAAGCCUGGGCUGGAGUGCGACGUGUCUUACUGAGCAGAAAGCCGAGCGUCAUCAGCUGUCUCAGCCACUAUCACCAUCAGUAGCUCACCAACAGACAUCAUGGAUCAGGUAAUGCAAUUUGUUGAGCCCAGCCGCCAGUUUGUAAAAGAUUCCAUCAGGCUUGUCAAAAGAUGUACUAAGCCAGACAGGAAAGAAUUUCAGAAGAUCGCAAUGGCAACAGCAAUUGGAUUUGCUAUAAUGGGAUUUAUUGGAUUCUUUGUAAAACUAAUCCAUAUUCCUAUUAACAACAUUAUUGUCGGCAGUUAGUCUCCCUCGCUGCAGGUGAUGGCACGGAUUUCAAACAAUGGCAAUGUGUUAAUGGACAAAUGCAUUUUUUUUUUUUUCUAAGUUCUAUGUAUAUUUUUAUGUGGCCUAGUUCAUGUAAUAAAACACACAAAAUGAU